AUGGACUUCAGUGUUGCUUUCCCCGCACUCGUUGCGGGCAGACUCGCCCUCGCCUACUCUCCUCUGUCUGACUGGCUGAAGGACGACCAUCUGCUGUCGUCCCCACUGACCUCGUACUCACGCUGCGCUGUACGCUCCGUUUUGCCUGGGCAAUAUACACUCGUGCUAAUGCUAAAGACCAGAUAUCUCUUGAAUCCAUACAUCUGGCUGCCCACCCUCGCGUUAUCAACGUCUUCAUUUGAAAAUACGCUAUGUGUGUUGUCAUUGCUGUUCGCCUGCCAAGGUCGACCAUCGGCAUCAGUACUGACGCUUGCGUUGUUGACCCAACUAUCAAUGCCCCUUGUCCUCCUUCUCCUCCCUAUACUACUUCUCAUCGUCACCAGUCCUGUCUCGUGUUUGGCCUCGCCAAGACCAUUCCUAGCAGACAUCCGGAAGACUUUACCGCUUCUGGCUGAAUUUAUAGCCUACUCUGUCGUUCUAUCCCUUGCAGCCACGCUCGUAUGCGGCAACCGGCUCUGGGUCACGCAGAGCUGGAUAGCACCUCUAGUGCUACCGGACCUCACACCCAACCCCGGGCUCUGGUGGUACUUCUUUACCGAAAUGUUUGACCAUUUCCGGCCAUUCUUCUUGAUGGUCCAUCUGCUCAUCUAUGUCGUGCCGAUGUGCAUUAAAUUCCAGCAUGAUAUGUUGUACGCGUGCUUCCUUCUGCUCGGAGUAUUCGCCACCUUCAAGGCGUAUCCCACGCUCUCCGAGCCGGGGCUCUUUCUGAGCAUGACGGCGCUCUUCCCAGAAACAUUCGCCUACCUCCAUUGGCCCAUCGUCACAGCACUCCUGCACUUGCACGCGUCGCUCUUGCUUCCGCUGUUCCACAGUCUAUGGCUCGUGCAAGGUACAGGCAACGCAAACUUCUUCUAUGCAUCGACGCUUGUGUUCGGCAUGGCGAACGGUGCUGCGUUAUUGGACGCCAUCUGGGCGGGAUUGCGCAUCGCGCUCGGCGAGUUGAAGGACGGGUGUGAAGUUAUCCAAGAGUAA